UUGAAUUGGAUGUGACACGAGCUCUCGAGCGUGAGAGAGAGAGAGAGAGCGCUUGGAUUUCGUGGAUGCGCGGCGCUACAUUGCCGUCCAAUCUCUGGCGAAACAGGGCAGAUUUUCCGGAAAUUUCCAGCUCCUGGGGUUACAAAUGCCGUGAUAGGCACGGCCGCGGUGCCAUGGAGUGGAUUGCGCUGUGGUUCCUUGUUCUUGGUGUCAUCAUCCAUCGAGCUUCUCCCUCCACGUUCGAAUCUGACACGUCUGCGCUGAGGCUCGUGUCACGGGGCUUUCGCAAUGCCAAUUUGCAGUGGAGUGGUGGUGAUCCGUGUGGAUCUCGGUGGAUUGGAGUUUCGUGCAAUUCAUACAACGUGACCAAGUUGAUACUGAACAACAUGAAUAUAGCCGGGCAGCUGCCACUGUCGAUUGGAAACCUUGCAAAUCUCCAAACACUGGAUUUGUCGUUUAAUCCCGACCUGACUGGGCCUCUUCCCAAAACUUUGGGCCAGCUGACGAAACUGGAAUUCUUAAACUUGCAAUCGUGUGGCUUCACUGGAGAUAUUCCGUUCGAGAUUGGAGGGCUGAAGAGCCUCAGAUUUUUGGCCUUGAACAUGAAUAAGUUAAGCGGUGUGAUUCCUCCAGAACUGGGAAGGCUUUCGUCAGUCUACUGGUUUGAUCUGGCACAAAAUCAAAUCGCUGGCCCACUGCCUGUCUCAUCUGGAAACUCUCAAAACAUUGGGCUUGAUAACUUGACAGCGGCAGUUCACUUCCACUUGAACAGUAACAAGUUCACAGGUUCCAUUCCGCCAGAAAUAUGUUUCUUACCUGAACUCAAGCACUUGUUACUGGACAAUAACGGCUUCUCUGGAGAAGUUCCCGAUGAAAUUGGAAACUUUUCCAAGCUGACCAUUAUGAGACUUGACAAAAAUCAAUUUACUGGAUCACUGCCGAGCAGUUUGGGGCGGAUAUCAACCCUCUUUGAAAUAAACACCAAUGAUAACGCUUUUACUGGAACGUUACCUGAUCUAAGCGGGUUGAAAGCUCUCCAACUAAUAAGCGUUGGAAACAACUCCUUUUCUCCUCAGCCAGUUCCAUCAUUUGCAGGCUUGACUGGACUCCAGACAAUAGAAAUCAACGAUGGCAACUUGAUUGGUCCCAUUCCAGACGGGUUCUUUCAGUUCGCUAGGUUGGAGUCUGUCUCCUUGACUGGCAACAGCAUAAAUGGGACGGUAGAUUUCACGGGUGCUUCACCAUCCCUUGUUAAGGUCCAGCUGGAUAACAAUAAGAUCACAAACCUGAACAUCGGGAGUGGCGUGUUUACUCUUUCCCUGGCAGGGAAUCCAGUUUGUGAUGGCGGUAGGCUGUCCGAUGUAGUAUGUGCAAGCAAACUAUUGACACCAUGGAAAGAAAAUGUUACCUGCGCAAAUUCCUGCUCUGGUCAACAGGCGCUAAAUCCCAAUACGUGCUCCUGCGGUUUGCCGCUCAACUUCAGAUUCCAGUUCAAUGCCCCGACUUUUUCAAGUAUGACCACAGACAGGGCCAACAUUCUCAGGAAGUCGCUCUAUGAUGGACUCAGUUUGUCUCCCGACCAAGUCUGGGUGGACACUGCAAACUUCACGAGCGACAAAAGGCUGCUGGUUGAAGUUUUUAUACAGCUUCGUGUGAGCAGAGACAGCGCUUCAUUUAUAUACAGCCAGAUCAGUAUGCACCAGCUUAACUUGGACUACUUUGGUCCAUACUCGCUGAUCGUCCGACCCCCCCCGAUAGGCGAAGAGGGAGAAAAGCAUGGGAUCAGUACUGCUGUCGUCGUGGGAAUUAUUGUUGCUGUUCUGCUUGCCGCCAUCAUCGUGAUAUUCAUCGGGAUCUAUGCAUAUAAGCAGAAGAGAAGAGCAGACAAGGCCAUAGUUUCCAAUCCUUUUGCAUCUUGGGGAAGCCGUGGAAAAGACAGCGGCACUGCUCCACAACUUAAGGGAGCUCGAUUCUUUUCCAUUGCGGAGCUGAAGAAAGCUACGAAUAAUUUCAUCAGCAGCAGUGAGAUAGGAUCUGGCGGGUAUGGGAAAGUUUACAAAGGAACUUUGUCGACUGGAGAGGAGGUUGCGAUAAAAAGAGCUCAAGAAGGGUCAUUGCAAGGCGCAGGCGAGUUUAAGAACGAGAUUGAGCUGUUAUCUCGCGUACACCACAGGAACCUUGUCGGACUUAUCGGCUUUUGCUACGAGAGUGGAGAGCAAAUGCUGGUCUACGAGUACAUGCCGAAUGGAACAAUAAGAGAGCACCUGCCAGGUACAUAGCAAAGUGAUUUCUAAA